AUGGCAAGGUCCGACACCGCCUCCGGCUCGGAGAGCCCCGCGCCCACACCAGUGAACGGAGAGAGGAACGGAAGCAAGAAGAACAAAACCCGGAAUGGCAGCAAGAAGCACGCCCGUGACAACGAGACCAAUGGCUCCAUUGGGCCCAGCCACCCUGGCGAGCGGCGGUCCAGCGUCAGCAAGCCCGCGCGGGACUUCCGGGACAUGCCCGAGGCGCCGCCGCCGAAAAAGAAGAAGAGAAAGACCUCGACAACUACCACAAAACCCGAUAAUGCCCUCGUCAUCCCCACCACAAAGGACACACUCCCCGCUCUUCAACCCGAAGAAUCCACCGAACAAGUCUCGACCCGGUCGCCGAGCCCCGUCAUUGACUUUGAUGGACUGAGCCGGCCCAGUCUCGGCACACGGAAGCGGCUAGAGGAGGAUGACGCGCAAAAAGAGAUUCGCCUCAACCGCAUCAAAGAUGCUGUCCGAACCCUGCUCGAAUGCGUCGGUGAGGACCCGGACCGCGAGGGCCUGUUAGCCACACCGGAUCGUUACGCCAAGGCCAUGCUCUACUUCACCAAGGGCUACCAAGAGAACGUGCGCGACAUCGUCAAUGGUGCCAUCUUCCAGGAGGGCCAUAACGAAAUGGUCAUCGUCAAGGACAUUGAGGUCUUCAGCAUGUGCGAACACCACUUGGUCCCUUUCACCGGCAAGAUGCACAUUGGCUACAUCCCCUCGAACGCCGUCAUCGGCAUCUCCAAGCUGCCGCGCAUUGCUGAGAUGUUUGCGCGCCGCCUGCAGGUUCAGGAGCGCUUGACCAAGGAGGUCGCCAACGCCGUGAUGGAAGUGCUUAAACCUCAGGGUGUCGCCGUCGUCAUGGAGUCGAGCCAUCUAUGCAUGGUCAUGCGGGGCGUGCAAAAGACGACCAGCACCACCAUCACCAGCUGUGUGAUAGGCUGCUUUGAGCGCAAAGAAAAGACCCGUAACGAAUUCCUCAGCUUGAUCGGUGUCAACCGCUGA